AUGGUAGCAGACGGUAGUGGCGGCCUAGUGCUCACGCCGGCGCAACGUAUUCUCGUCAACAAGAGUCGUGCUGUCAAGCAACAGCGAGCAGUGGCUCUCGAAGCCCAGCACGAGCUCGACGCCAGGGCUCGUGCGCACAAAGAAGAGAUCAAGAGUCGCUGCCAGUCUCAAUACGCACCUGCACCUACUGCUCGACGUCUCAUUCUACGUCAUGUCGGCGAAGAGCUAGCGCGCCCGCAAAGUUCAGACGACGACUACGACGAAGAGCGUUUCGGCCCCGUGCGCCGUCCUCCUCGCAAGCAGCCGCCGAACCUUUGGGUGCCGAUCUUUGAGCAAGAGGUGGCCGAGGUGCAACAGGCCAAGGAGGAAGCAGAGCGCAAGCGGCUGGCGGCAGCGGCCGAGUAUCGCGAGCGGCUCGACAACCAAAAGGUCGACAAAGACCGCAAACGGCUGGAGGAGAAAGCUGUGGCUGAUGGCUACGCGCGAGCGCAAGCCGCUCAGCAAGUCGCGUGGCGCGAGCAAGAGAAGGCAAAGCAGAGGCAGCGCCAGGACCAAGUUGUGCUGGAGGCGCAGCGCUGGCAACAAGAUCUUCGUGCGCAAGCUGAGGCGCUCCGUGUGGCGCAAACAACCAAAGAGCGUAACGAACGCCGUGUGCUCGAGAGACUACGUAUGCUGGACGAACAGGACAAGCAUCGAAAGGCGGAGCGCAAAGCUGCCGACAGGGAAGAGGUCGUCCGAGUCAAGCAAGCCAAUGCCCAGCAGCUGGAACUUAAACGACAGGCCGUACUGCGGUCACAGCGACAAGACCGCGAGCUGCAAGAAGCUUACGAAAGGAAGCUCGAGCUGCAAGAGGCGGCGCGUCGUGCUGAGCUCGAUGCGAUCCUUGUGAAACAGAGUCACAAAGUGAAGCUGGCUCUUCUUAACGUCAAGAGCGCCGAGGAGAAGGCACGCGAGGACGAGGAACGUGCACUGGCGGUGCAGACAGCUAUGCGAGCUCGAGAAGCUGAGCUGAUUGAGCUCAAGGACCGCAAGAAGCGUGAGGCUGCCCGUGUGCAAGUGCAGGCAUUGACGCUGCAGAAAGAAGACAAAAAGACUCGACGACUCUCCGAGGAACGCGAGGAGGCAGUCUACGCGAGCAAAUCCAGAGCAGAUUUCCACUCGUGGCAACAGGAGCAGGUGGCUGAGAAGGAAAAGGUGCAUCAACGCAAUCGCGAUUACCAAAAGCUGGUGCGGCAGCAGAUGAGUGAGGAUACGAUGCGCAGAGCUGACGAGGACAAGUACGGAAUGACUCUGUUGGAGGCCGAAAUAAACACCAAGCUGCUGCAUAAGGCUGGAAUCGCCGCACUGCCAGAAGAUAUCCAUCGCAAGUAUAAUAGUUACUUAAAGUAUUGA